UUUAUUUUCCGCCAGAACAAAAACACAAAGGGUUCUUAUCACAAGUCUGUCAGAUACUACAAAGCUAUAUUCAGAGUUUCAAUCUCAGGUUCUUAGCUGCAUUACUUGGGUUUUUACUUUUUAGUGAAGAAAAGAAGGAAGAAUGUCCGGUACUGAAGGAAAGGUCAUAUGCUGCAGAGCUGCUGUGGCAUGGGAAGCAGGGAAGCCAUUAGUGAUUGAAGAAGUAGAGGUAGCACCUCCUCAGGCCAAUGAAGUUCGUGUCAAGAUUCUUUAUACCUCCUUGUGUCAUACUGAUGUCUACUUCUGGGAAGCCAAGGGGCAAAACCCUUUAUUUCCAAGGAUUUACGGCCAUGAGGCAGGAGGGAUUGUGGAGAGUGUUGGUGAAGGAGUGACUGAUCUCAAACCGGGAGAUCAUGUGCUCCCGGUGUUCACUGGGGAAUGCCAGGAUUGUGCUCACUGUAAAUCAGAAGAGAGCAACAUGUGUGACCUCCUCAGGAUAAACACAGACAGGGGCGUGAUGCUUAAUGAUGGACAAUCGAGGUUUUCGAUUAAGGGCAAACCUAUAUACCACUUUGUUGGGACUUCAACGUUUAGUGAGUACACUGUGAUUCAUGUUGGCUGCCUUGCCAAGAUCAACCCCAAAGCUCCUCUAGACAAAGUUUGUGUCCUCAGUUGUGGAAUCUCAACUGGUUUGGGAGCUACUCUUAAUGUUGCAAAACCGAAAAAGGGCUCAACAGUGGCUGUAUUUGGAUUGGGAGCUGUAGGCCUUGCAGCUGCUGAAGGAGCUAGGAUGGCUGGGGCUUCAAGAAUUAUUGGUGUUGAUUUGAAUUCCAGCAGAUUUGAAGAAGCUAAAAAGUUUGGUAUUACCGAAUUUGUGAACCCAAAAGACCACAAAAAACCAGUUCAAGAGGUGAUUGCUGAGCUGACGGAUGGAGGAGUUGAUCGAAGCAUUGAAUGCACUGGAAAUAUUCAAGCCAUGAUAUCUGCAUUUGAAUGUGUCCAUGAUGGUUGGGGUGUUGCUGUUCUUGUGGGAGUGCCACACAAAGAUGCUGUCUUCCAGACUCAUCCAGUGAACUUCCUGAAUGAGAGGACUCUCAAGGGUACCUUCUUCGGAAACUACAAACCACGGACCGACAUACCCUCUGUUGUGGAGAAAUACAUGAACAAGGAACUGGAGCUAGACAAAUUCAUCACCCAUCAAGUCCCAUUCUCAGAGAUCAACAAGGCAUUUGACUACAUGCUUAAAGGGGAAGGUCUUCGUUGCAUAAUUAACAUGGAGGGGUGAAAAUUUUAUACCUUUGAUGUUGUUUGUGACCGUACAUUCUGAUUUUCCAUUUUGUCUCUGUCUUUCUAUUUUGUCUACUUUGUCGAGUUUGGUUUGCAUGUAAUGCAAGAAUGUAUGUCCAACUGCUUCUGUAAUCCUGUGAAGAUAUGACUAUCAAUAACUAUUCAGUCAAAAGAUUAGCCUUUCAAAA